AUAAGCUAUUUGUAUUUUUCGGAUUCCAAAGUCAGACAGCCUAGCAUCGGUCUACUUGCUCGCUUACAACAUAGAGCCAUGGCGUCGCUUUUCGGGUGUCCAUUAGACUCUGCCGCGCCGCGAUCGGCUGACGCUCGUGCUACGAGCGAAGGACUGAAAAGCCUUCGUGAUGCGUGGAAUUCAGCGCGGCUGGCUGUCAAGCAGACGGAGAACGAAGCAGCAGCAACCGCGUCGCUUUACUGGCAUCUUCAGAAGCAGCUCGCCAAUCCUUUGUUUCUCAAGGAUGGCGGUCGCAUCAUUUUCCCGUGUCAAAAAUCUUAUGCAGACUCCGGAAUUGUGUCACGAGCGAAACUUCAGAGGGAAACGAGCACUGGCGGGGCCGUCACGUUCCGCAUCAUCUCCCCGGAAAGCUUAGUAGCAUCCUCCGGGUGCCUGCUGGCUCCAUGUGGUGCACUAUUUGGCGCACAGCAGCAACUCUCCUCAUCCUCAAGCUCCUCUUCGGCUGCUCCAUGGCAGCCGAUGCUCAAUCCGGUGAGAAUUCCACCAAAGAAAGCGGAGAAGUUUCUCGACGCAGCUCAAGUAGCAGCACUCACUUCGGUUGAUGCUGUUGUCGCGCAGGCUGCUGUGAAAGCAGGCACUUAGCAUUUUCGCACUUCUUGCUUCCUUUUGCUUCUUAUUAUAGCCUUCUGGGUGAACGUUACAGCGGAUUGAAUUUCUUUGAUGUAUAGCCUGGAUUUGUUCAGAUAAGUCGUCUCCUGAUAGCGCCAACGUAUCACAUAUCUUUCCUUUUGAAUCAGACACGGCGAAGAAUCUCUGCAAUCCUACAAGAUUAGGUUGGAGAGUCUCGGCCCAUUUUUAGGAACAGAGUUUCCCCAUGAUAUUUUCCCUUCAGUUUACGUGCUUUCAACGAGCAUUUUUUUGCAGGUCUUCGACUGAAGCUGCGGGUGAUGAUGCUGGACGAUAACGAUAACCCGUUUCGCGACGAUGAUCCGUCUACCUUUGGCACCCCGACCUCGAGUAGCGGUAGCCUGACUUUAUCCGACGACUCAGAGACAAGUGAUGACUUUGGGAAGAAGCCGAAACACCGCGUCCUCUCUUAUUUUUUUCCGAAGCUGCCGGAGAACAUUGCGAUGACGAGAGGCGCGUUUAAAUGCAUCCGCACAUGUCGCGAAAUAAUGCACGCUCGCAGCUUUAAUCUAAGACUAAAAACAAGAUUAGUAAGUAUUUAUCAAGAUAGUGCAUACCUCCUCCUCCUCCUCCUCCUCCUCCUCCUCCUCCUCUGUGUAACCCUCAAGCAUGUCCAGUAGACAUGCGGGUCCGGCAGACAUGCUGCUGAGAAAAUACUUCAGCAGCGGGGUGGUUAUGCAUUCUUGGAUAGCUUUAAUCAUCGCGGACGAAUGCAACCCGUCUUGCACUACCAGCAGUGAUCGUUGGGUCGCAAGUUGGGACGAUGGCGCAGCAGAUGUACUAAAAUUACGGAAAGGAGCUUCCGUAUUUUUGAUGAUUCAGUUCCUGGUUUCAGAGUUGAGUGCGCCAAGAAUAGGGGACCUCCACCUCGAAUCUUAUCCUUCUAAGAUCUCCGGAAAGCUAAUCGACAGACUAGCGCUAGCAUAGGAAGCAUUAGAGUGCUGUUCAAGUAGUUUGUCGUAGUCUUCUAAAAAAAACUGGCGUUUUCCAGAAGGACCCGGAUCGCAUUGUCACUGUGCGACGUCCGAAGACCAAGACUGCCGUCAUCGGUUACUCGCCCAACGUUAUGGCCACCGUUUUCCCGUCCCUCCUAGCAUCUCGAUACCCUUUGCUCGUAGUUUACACGUGGUUUACAAGGGAAAGGGUAAGGGUGACGAGAUGAGGGUACCGAGAUGGAUUGGGCACUCUCUAACAGGGGCACAGCUAUAGAGUGCAACGUAGUGGACAGCAGUGAGGAGGUCUCCUUUGAAGAAGUUACCGAAGAGUCCGGUGCAGCUAAGGGUAAGGACAAGCGCGAAUACGGCCAGCUUGUUUUUCGUACCGCGUUGGUCCUCCGCAUUCCGAAGCCUGCCAAGAGGAGCUCGCUGCCAGUAUCAUCCAAAGGGCCGCCUAUGCCGGUUGUAGAAGAGGAGAGCGACGCUGAGCCGACACCCACCUCUGGUAAGAAGAGGGCGAUGAAAUCGAAAGGAAAGCCUACUAAAGCGAUGAAGAGUAAGAAGAUGGUAAAGAAGAGCUAGAUCAUCAUUUUCUCGGCUGCGAAGAAAAAACUACUUACUUUCCUGUUCAUGAAUAAGACGAUGCAGAUGUUCAUCAGACAGUCAGUAAUGAUUAAACAAUAUUCGCUACGAUAAAGAAGUUGCAUUUGAUUGAGAUUAUGGCCGACUCUGAAAAUAUUACGUAGAGAAAGUUCUCACCAACACCAAUGCUGUGAAGGACAGAAUUAUAGGACAGCUGAUGUAGGUAAAAAACAACAACAACAAACCAUUUUCUCGUAUCACUCACCAUCCUCAAUAUAUUUUUUUAUUCCAUGGUGAAUCAAAUCGCGGCUGUAGCGCUCUAGAUGUAGGUCAACCUUCUUCGCGAAGGAUGAGAGUCCUAACAGACUGUCAUGUAGGAAUUACUUCAUUCGCGCUGACCGUUGUCAAAAUCUGAAUCUGUGGAAAGAAAUCUUUAAUGACAGAGGCUUUUCAUCUGCUUAAACUUUACUUUGAGACAGACCUAUGCGCAUAUUGCAUCUCAUCGCGGUUUUCACCUUGCGUGGCUGAAAUCGAC